AUGCCGCAGCAUAUUUUCUCUGUAUUAUCAUCGGAUAGUGUCUUUGAUAUUUGCAAAUUUCUGAGUGCUUCCGAUAUUGUUUUUAAUGUUCGAUCGGUGUGUAGAGCCACUUAUCAAUGUAUUAAUAUUCAUCAAGAAGAAAAUGGUGGUGAGGAUAAUACAAAAUAUGAUGAUCGAUACAUUAGGUUGAUUGGAUCAAAUUUGGAGGGUUAUGAUGAAUGUCUGGGAAAGUAUUUGCAUUUAGGAAGAUUAUUGAACGAGAGAGAAUUGAGGAUUGUUGAAAAUUUGGAUGGAGCAAUUACUGAUAGAUAUGAAAGAGCUAAAAUUAAAUUGAGAAUGUCUUUGAGAUUCAAGUAUAUUGAAAUGACUUUCAAACCAUAUGAGGAUGGUCACUUUAUGAUUAGAGUGACUAGAUCAGCGUUACAGGGAUUUGAUUCAAAUCAAAAAGAUACUAAUCCUAUUGUAGAACAAUUUAAUGAUAUAUUGAGGAGAUUUAAGGAAAUAUCACUCUAUCGGACAUUAUAUUCGAAAUUGGUGAAUGAAAAUGAUUAUGUAGUUUUAAUAGGAGUUUUUAAUGAAGGAAAACCAUUCAUUAAUGACUUACAUUCCUUUAAUUGUAAUUUUGAGCAAAGAGAGGCUCUUAAUCUUUCAUUUGAAGGAAGAUUGUUAUCCCUUGCUUCUCAAAGGAGGUCUAAUUAUUGGAAACACUUUUCAGAUUUUAGAAUAUUUUUGGAAAUUGUUGAUUCUGUGCUUGGUCAAAAUUAUUUAGAUGAUAUGAGCUCACAUACAAUUAUAAUGGUAUCUCAACAAGAAUUUAUAAUUCCAAAUAGGACUUUAAUUAUUGAUUUGAAUAGCACAUUUGAUUAUGGUAUUGAUGAUAGGCAAAUUAACAAAGUAAGAGAUGUGCCAUGUACAUUACAUUGCCGAGUUAAUCCGUUCAAUAGGCAACUUAUUUAUCAACCAUCUAUGAUUGAACAAAGCAUUACAAUGAAUCUUACAAGUAUUGCCUUAUUUUGUGGAAUCGGACUUUAUCUAGGAGGCUUACAGUAUUUUACACGGAUUCCAUCGUUUAGAUUUACCAGAGAUUUAUAUUUUACCAAAGAUUCAAAUCAGAUAAUGCCAUGGAUUCUUAUUGCUAUAGAUUGCUUACUUGGAUUUUCUGCAUCGUUAUAUUUUACUGGAACUGAAUUUUUUGUGGAAGAAGGAGAUUUAAAGAAAUUGACUUACUAUUCCUAUUUAGCAAAAUGGAUAGCUUGUGGUUUCGAAUGUGGAGGAGAUCCUUGGUCAAUGAUGAAAUGUUUGCAUUUACCACCAUUAGAGAUUGCUCAUAACGUUGUUGGUUUUGGUAGUUUUGCUGCUCUAGGAAUUAUAUUAUACAAUGAAUUUGAUACUCUCAUUCAAGCAACAAUGAGCUCAUUUUCCUAUUGGAAAUCCAAAUAUUUAGGUACUAAAAAAGAAUAA